ACCGUCCCUCGCGCCUGCGCGGAGCGGCGGUCCAACUGUAGCGGGCGGUUAGAAGGCGGUCCGCUUCUCUCACUGGCCUGCUGGUUAUGACGAUCACCUACAGCUGCGUUGCUAAUGGCCGAGCGGUCCUGGCGGAGCUGGCCUUGACCGGCGGCGCCUAUCAGGAAGCGGCUGCAAAGGUGCUUAGACAAGCGCUUCUGAAAGCUGAGCCAACGACCAUCAUUCAAAUAGGAAGCUAUGUCUACCAUACUCUCUUUAUUGACGGAAUCACUUAUUUGUGUGCUACAGACAAUGGCUUGGAUAUUAUGGCACCAUCUGCAUUUCUUAAAAAAGUUAGUGAUAUUUUUACAAGAAUUCCUUUGAUGUCACAAGAACAUUUUUUUCCUUCAAAUGCACUUGCUACAGAUUUUCAACAAAUACUAGCACAGCACAUGUCUGUACCUAUGAACGCACAUGAAUGCAAUGCCCAUGGAGACCAGAAGAGGGCACUGGAUCCCAUGAUCUGGAAUGUGAGGCAGUUGGGAGCUGCCCAGUGUAGAUGCUGGGAUCAAAGCAGAGGUCUACAGCAGCAGCAAGCACUAACCCAACAACUGGGCCAUCUCUCCAGACCCCCCAUUUCUUUUACUUGGAACAGAUCACAAAUGUCUUUGUCACCAUUGCUCAGGGGGAAAUGCUGAUCUCCGUAUCAUUCCAGUUUAGUGUGUGCUGCCAAAGCAGAUGUCUCGGUGGUCCUUCCUAAGUUUAAAGAAGAGACCAUCAGCUGGCGUGGUGGCGCACGCCUUUGAUCCCAGCACUUGGGAGGCAGAGGCAGACGGAUUUCUGAGUUUGAGACCAACCUGGUCUACAGAGUGAGUUCCAGGACAGCCAGGGCUACACAGAGAAACCCUGUCUUUAAAAAAGAAGAAGAAGAAGAAGAGACCAUCAGCCUGGAAUGAUUGGUGCGGGCCUUUAAUCCCAGCACUCUGGAGGCAGAGGCCAGCCUGGGGAGCGAGGAGGGAGGGAAUAUCACCAUUCUGAUAGGACAGAAGCGCACAGCACACAUCUGAACACUCUCGGAAACACCAAGCCUGACCCUGAAGCAGUUCCACAUCCAUUUCUAAUUCCCUGGAAACAGAGCGGUUGACAUGCUCAGUUAAAUACAUUUAAGUGUGGGUAACAAAGGUAAGAUAGGAUAGCCAUGACAGGUAGCACAGCAUAGAAAAGAACCCAUAGACUAAAUGAAGCUGAAGAGAUGCGUCCAUCCAAUCCAACAUGCACCUGUGGACGCUGGCAUCACAGGAGAAGAACCAUGGCUCGCUUUUGAGACGUUUGUCUGAAACGGAGAUAUUAGGUAAAUGACAAUGGUGCCGUGGUUCUGUUUUCUGGGAAACGAGACUAUGUCUUAUAGAGAGUAAAACUGUAAAGCCUGCCCUCUCAGGCUGAAGCACAGCAGCAGCUCCGGGAGGUGCAGCAGAGGUGAGACGAGUUUGGUCACAUGUGUGCACUGCUGAAACUACAAAAUAUAUAUUUAAAAAAGAAAAAAAAAACUUUUAUUUCAGCUUUUGAAUGGCCAGACCCUUAUUUUUAUGCUCUCAAGUCACCCUUUAAAAGAUCUCCUCUGCUCAUUUUAAUAUGUUUGUCAGUUCUUUGAACAGUUCCAUACAUGAAUUCAGUGUCUUUUGAUUAUAUUCCUCCCCCACCCCAUCCCAUAAUUCCUCUCUCAUCAGCCUCUGCCACCCUCAACUUCACUCUCAACUCCACCUUCAUACAAAAGGUAUUAUCGUUUUGUCUUGUGGGCAUUUGAUCUCAUCUUUUUAAUAAGUUGUUCUCACGUAGCUGCCCUGUCCAGUGCCCCACUCACCUCUGCUUCCCAACACUGGAGCAGGGACGGGGUGGGGGGCAUAGCCAGUGCAAGGGGCAGGGAAGAAAACAGGAGACAUGCAAACUGGGAGGGAGAGCUAAAAUUUUUGCAUCUUUGUUUGCAGGUUACAUGAUUGUGCAAGAAAUCAAAAAGAAUUAGCCAAAAUAUCCUUGGACCUAAAAGCAUUUAUAGCAAGGUUACAAAACACUAAAAAGUCAGCUAGAAACAAGCAAGUGGAGUUAAAUUUAAGAACAACAUCACUU